GGGGGCCAUAGCUAAUAUGGAACCCUCGGUAGGAUAAGUGCGAGAUUGCCGUUGCUCGCUGCCCCUGUUUUAUUGCCUCAACAUGUUAGUGCACUUAUUUCGUGUCGGAAUCCGGGGUGGCCCAGUUCCAGGAUGGUCGCUACAAUCCCUGCGCUUCCAGACGUUCUCAGCCGCCAGGUCCUCAGAUGACUGGAUCAGUUCACGCCUCCUGCGGGCUGUAGCCCAGUUCCGGUCACAGCUCCGGGCUCACCUCCCUCGAGGCCCACCAGCUUCCCACCGGAGCCCCUCUGCCUGGUGUUGGGUUGGAGGGACCUUAGUAGUCCCCGCAGUCCUGUGGCAGCAUCCCCGUCUCUGCCUUAUAGCACGAUGUGAGGCCAAAGGGUCCCCUCCUGCCCAACCCAAACGUGCUUCGGAGCUGCGCUUUAACUGGAAGCUAUUCUGGCGUUUCCUUCACCCCCACCUGUUGGCCCUGGGGAUAGCCAUUGUGCUGGCCUUAGGUGCAGCACUGGUGAAUGUGCAGAUCCCCUUGCUCCUGGGCCAGCUGGUGGAGAUUGUCGCCAAGUACACGAGGGACCACGUGGGGAGUUUUGCGUCUGAGUCCCGUAAGCUCAGCAUCCAGCUGCUCCUACUGUAUGGUGUUCAGGGACUGCUGACCUUUGGAUACCUAGUGCUGCUGUCCCGCAUUGGUGAGCGCAUGGCCGUGGACAUGCGGAAAGCCCUUUUCAGCUCCCUGCUCCGGCAAGAUAUUGCUUUCUUUGAUGCCAGAAAGACCGGGCAGCUGGUGAGUCGCUUGACGACGGAUGUGCAAGAGUUCAAGUCGUCCUUCAAGCUUGUUAUCUCCCAGGGUCUGCGCAGCUGCACCCAGGUGAUUGGUAGCCUGGUGUCCCUGUCCGUGCUGUCCCCGCGCCUUACACUGAUGCUGGCUGUCGUCACACCUGCCCUCAUGGGAGUGGGCACCCUGAUGGGCUCAGGCCUCCGAAAGCUGUCUCGCCAGUGUCAGGAGCAGAUUGCCAGGGCCACAGGUGUAGCAGACGAGGCGCUUGGCAAUGUUCGGACUGUGCGGGCCUUCUCGAUGGAGAAGAGGGAGGAGGAACGCUAUCAAGCAGAACUGGAGUCGUGCUGCUGUAAAGCAGAAGAGCUGGGCAGCGGCAUUGCCUUGUUCCAAGGGCUCUCUAACAUCGCUUUCAACUGUAUGGUCUUGGGCACCCUAUUCAUUGGGGGCUCCCUUGUGGCUGGACAGCAGCUGAAAGGGGGAGACCUCAUGUCCUUCCUGGUGGCUUCCCAGACAGUGCAGAGGUCUAUGGCCAGCAUCUCUGUCCUGUUUGGUCAGGUGGUGCGUGGGCUGAGCGCAGGAGCCCGAGUCUUCGAGUACAUGUCCCUGAGCCCUGUCAUCCCAUUGACCGGGGGCUACUGCAUCCCCAGCAAGGAUCUUCAUGGUUCCAUCACUUUCCAAAAUGUCAGCUUCAGCUACCCCUGCCGACCUGGCUUCGAGGUGCUCAAGGACUUCACCCUGAAGCUGCCCCCUGGCAAGAUUGUGGCUCUUGUGGGCCAGUCUGGGGGAGGAAAGACCACAGUUGCGUCCCUGCUGGAGCGCUUCUACGACCCUGCUACUGGCACAGUGACGCUGGACGGGCAUGACCUGCGCACUCUUGACCCCUCCUGGCUCCGGGGUCAGGUCAUAGGUUUCAUCAGCCAGGAGCCAGUCCUGUUUGCAACGACUAUCAUGGAGAAUAUCCGCUUUGGGAAGCCGGACGCGUCCGAUGAAGAGGUGUAUGCAGCUGCACGACAAGCCAAUGCCCACGAAUUCAUCAGCAGCUUCCCUGAGGGCUACAGCACUGUGGUUGGUGAGCGAGGUACAACCUUGUCUGGUGGCCAGAAGCAGCGCCUCGCCAUCGCACGCGCCCUUAUCAAGCAGCCCACAGUGUUGAUCCUGGACGAGGCCACCAGUGCGCUGGAUGCAGAGUCUGAGAGGGUGGUGCAGGAGGCCCUGGACCGGGCCAGUGCUGGCCGCACCGUGUUGGUCAUUGCCCACCGGCUCAGUACUGUCCGUGCGGCCCACUCCAUCAUUGUCAUGGCCAGUGGCCAAGUCCGUGAGGCCGGGACCCAUGAAGAACUCCUUAAAAAAGGCGGGCUCUAUGCAGAGCUUAUCCGGAGACAAGCCCUGGAUGCUUCACUGACCUCAACCCCACCUGCAGAGAAGCCUGAAGACCCCCUGGGGUCAGGUCACUGCAAGGCCUCGGCCUGAGCCUGGAGCUCUGCUGGGGACAGAGUCCUUGAAGACCAGUGUGCUGGAGUGUGGCCUAUACCACCGCUCCCUUAGAGGGGCUGGGCCCAACAGCUGGGUGGGAAGUGGCUCUCCUCCCACCUGCUCCGACCAUCCUGACUCUACUCUGUGGUCACCUCUGGGAUGUACACCUCUGCUUGAUCCUCUCAGGCUGACCCGUCUGCCCGACGACACUCAGUUCAGGUCCUCACUCCAGGGGACUGCCAGGCCUGUAAUCCCAGCACUUGGGAGACAGAAGUGGGAGGAUCAAGAGUUCAAGGCUAUCCUGGGCUACAUAGUGAGACCUUAUCUCAAAAAAAAAAAAAAAAAAAAAAA